AAAUAACCAAUAAUUUUAUGGUAGAAAAACUACAUAGUAAUAGUGUCAUUGAAUAUGAUCAUUUACUUUGAAAUGAAUGAAGGUUGAAAUAAAGAUCAUGCCGUUUGCUUAAAAGUUGUAUCUUAUGCGACAAUUAGAAGACGAUGGCGAUAAAAUGUAAAAUCAGAGUGAAGGUUGAUAGUCUAAUGCCAAAGUAUAUGAUCAUUGAUAUAAUUUGAGCCAAUAUCAAUUGACAUGUUAUACUUUUCAAUUGAGGAGUCUCUUACAUUCUCUGCAUCACAAGAAUUAAAUUACACCCCUUCUCUCAAAAUCCUGGAUAUUUUUUGUUACAAUAAAAAGAGUAGUACAUAUGAUAAAAAGUCAUUUCCGUUCAGAACCUAUCUAAAGUACUAUUUUAUACAAGCGAGAUGAGAAACAUCAUUUCAUUUAUCCUGGGUCAAGGACGGGCUUGUUUUAUGAUCAGAUUAAUUCUUAAUUUCGUAUAAUAAUGUUUUAAAUUACGCAGUUUUAAAGCUUUGCAUUUUUGUAAGUAAGCAAUUUCCAUCAACGCAUAACUUAUAAUUUUUUAUUUAUAUAUAUAUAUAUUGACAAAAACAAAGAAAAUGUGAACAUGAAUAUUAUGGUCGUUCAGAUAACAAAUUAAAACCCAAUGAAAGAAACUAUACAUAUCAUCAUUCAUGGAUGAUUCUCAUACUUAAAGUAAAUUAUUCGAAAUAUAAUAAUGAACUGCAUGCUAUACAGUACAUGGUUUGCUUUGUAAGAUAAUUAUAAAAGAUUGUGGGGGUCGUUCUCUUAGUGCAUUUGUAUUUAGUUAAGCAGAAUAGAUAUUUUUCAGGUUCUAAAUAUACAUUAAAAAAUUAUGGGGAGAAGCAGAAAAGAUUACUGUACACAAUUUUUGUCCAUAUAUAUAAGUUACAACUUCCGUUUAUACAAUUCUAUAAACUUAAGAAACCGGCAUUUCCAAGUUGACAGUGGCAGCUCUCAAUUCUAGGGUUAACUAAGAAGUACUAAUAGUACUCAACUAUUUAUAGAAGGAUAAAGUACUAUACUUGAGAGAUAAUUAUCAGUUUGUUCAAUUUAGCUUAAAAAAAAAAAAAAAAAACAGAAAAUUAUCAUGGAGUUCGAGGAUCAAGAGGAGAAUGAGGCCGUGGAGAUGGAGCUUGGCUCGAGUUUCGACUCAGUCCUACCCAACUCCAAUUCAGGUCGGGUCAUCACAAAAAUGCCCACUAGCCCGGUUGACAUGUCCGCCGAGCCAACUUCCCAACGGAAGCCCCGGUACCGGGAAUGCUUGAAGAACCACGCCGUCACCAUCGGCGGCCACGCCGUGGACGGCUGCGGGGAGUUCUUGCCCGCCGGAGCUGACGGAACUCUGGACGCACUCAAAUGCGCCGCCUGCAAUUGCCACCGCAACUUCCACCGCAAAGAAGCCCUCCCCGGCGGAAUAAUCAAUCCUCAUGACCCUUUCCAUUUCCAUCACCACCAGCACCACCACUACCAGCAGCAGCCGCCGCCGCCGCCGAUGCUGACUUACAGGACCCCUUCUGGGUACCUCCACGUGUCGCCGCAGCCGGCCCAGCAGAGGCCGCUGGCCUUACCUUCGAGUUCCGGCGGAGGAGCCAAGGAGGAGAUGGAGGACUUCUCCAACAUGAUGAACAACGGCAGCGGCGGUAAUAAUGGUGGAGGACUGAGCUCUUCCGGGUCGAGAAAGAGGUUUCGGACCAAGUUCACGGCGGAGCAGAAGGAGAAGAUGUUUGAAUUGGCGGAGAAGCUUGGGUGGAGGAUCCAGAAGCAAGACGAGGAAGUUAUUCAGGAAUUCUGCAAUGAAUUUGGGAUCAGGAGACACGUGCUCAAAGUCUGGAUGCAUAACAACAAGCACUCUCUUGGUAAGAAACCCUAAAAAUAUAAUUUUUAUAAAAAAAAAAGAGGAAAAAGAAAAAAGAAAAUCGGUUGGAUGAAGAGGAAAUGUCUCUCGUAGUGGUGGUUAUCAUUAUCACAUCAUAUUUGCAGCCAUAUUUUACUUCUACUAUUAUUAUAUUUUAUGGCCAUUUUGUAAUUAUAAGUAGCUAUAAGAAUAUUGAGAUGGGGAGAUUCUGGGAUUAUAUUUAUUAUUAGUACUUCUUCUGGUGCCCAAAAAUGAUUAAGAGCUAGAGCUAGCUAGGGCUUUCUGCGAAUUUCAUUUGCUUUUGAUGUGGCUCGUUCCUACGGUUUUUAUGGCGAAAAACCAUUCAUUCUCUGGAUCUUGUAGCCUUUUUUUCUAUGAACUAUUGCUGGAAAUCUUGUUGGCCUUUUCUGCCGUCCUUUUCGUGUAGUUUUCAUGUUUUAAGUUUAGCAUGUCUAGUUGAAGAGUGUCGAAUGUUUCAACCUUUCUUUCAUUUUUAUGUUGGGAUCGAUUCGAGGAUUCUAAUAAAUUUCUUGCCAGAAUCCUUGCUAUACAUCUUUGCAUUUUGCACAAAUGUAACCGCGUUAUGUUGUGCAUUUUUUUUUUC